AUGGCACCUCCUGAAUAUGCACCCGGAACGUCGGAGAUUGGCUCCUUGACCGCCCAUUCCAAUGAGGACAGUCAGUUCGUCGGUAGCUCCAGCGGCGUCUACUUCAUCAACACUGUCAAGCGAGCAUUUUCAAAUGGACAGGAUGAAUCUGAAUCCCGAGAGACCGAGUUCCCCACUGCGGAAGAUACCCUUGUUGGUGUGGAUGAUUCAUCACGGCACAAGCGUCGACGCACAGAGUCCAGAAAUGGACCAGCCUCAUUAGGAGGGGAACCUUCUGUAUCAUGGAGAUAUGAUCCUGCUCUCACCUCUUCUCUGGGAGCUGCACCACCUCCCGAACUAGGAAAGGAGCUCAUGAUGUCGUACUUUAAAGUGUGGCACCCGCUGUUUCCGUUCCUGCAUGGUCCUACCUUCCUGCAGGCCAUGGAGAAAUUGUACUCCAACAGUCCCACACCUAAUGACUCGGUUGAUGACUCAACGUCGGAGCACAGAGCUACCUGUUGGACAAUUAUUCUGCAAUGCAUAUACAAUCUAGGGAGCCUCUUGCAUCCUGAUCUCCAACUCCCAGAUUCCUGCAAAAUCCAGUCACCCGGUGGCAUGACACCUCUCCUCUCGACAUUGGCGUCUAGACAUGAUAUUGUUUCACUGCAAGCGUUGUUGGCCAUUCAGGUAUAUCUUGUUGCGACUAUGUCUCUUCGAUUGGCAUCCACAUUUGGAGGAUGUGUUCUGCGCUCAAUGCUCCAUGCAGGGUUACAUCGAUGUCCAUUUCGAUACAGUCAGCUCUCAUCGCAUGACCGACAGCUGAGGAAGCGUAUUUUCUGGUGCGCGUAUGCAAUUGACCGGUAUCUGAGCCAGGCACUCGGCUUACCGCUCGGGAUACAAGACUCGGAUAUUGAUGUCUGUUUGCCAGCGGCGCCUGAAAUGCAUUCCCCACGACUUAUCAGGAAUCUGAGUAUGCAUCCUGCGAAUAUAGAUCGUCGUGGGACAGCUGUCGCUCGGUCACCUUCUUUUGUGGAGGGCUCCGGCGAGCGUCAAACAACGAAUCACGGAAAUAAAGAAAGCGUCAUAGCAAGUUAUGUCGAUUCUGGAACACUUACCGGUCGCGCACUGGAACUAUUUCAUAAAUCCAUUCUGGUUCGCUCUGUACGCCGCAGCUCAGUACUAUUCUUAGUAACUGAUGUGCAUAAGUGGUGGAAUAGCUUACCUCUUGAGCUCCAAGGGAAGGGGUCAGGCUACGGAAAGGAAAUCCAAGAUAAAGGUGGCAGUGAUGAUCCCUUUGACUUUGGCCCUUUUUUCACUGUGCUAUAUCAGCACCUAAUCUUGAUCAUUCACCGGCCAUCCUUAUCUUUGGAUCCAUCAACUGCGGAGUUCUGCUCGGGGUUACAGACAUGCAUUGGUGCCGCACGAGGAAUUCUCGCUGCGCUAAAAACGCAACUGGAGCUUCGACAGGCUUUAUUCUGGCCUGGCUUCUUAUCUGCUGCCUGGAUGUCAGGCUUGGUUCUCGCAUUUGCUUGUCAGUUGAAGCAAUAUGUUCUCGCAAAGGGUCUACAGGAGAUCGAUGAAUGUUCAGAAUUUCUUCGUCGCAUGUCUAGUCAGUGGGAAACUGCUAGACAAUGUCACCAUGCCUUGUCUUUGUUGUCUACCAAGAUCAAACAAAUGAAUAAUGAGCAGCAAAGCCUAGCAAACCCUCACGCAUACGCUGUGAGCACACCAGACAGAAUUGACAACUCUAUUAAUUCACUUGAUCGAAACAGAUCUCAACAAGAGGACAUAAGUUCUGCCGAGGGUCACCAUACAGUGGCUGGGUAUCCGAGCAUCAUUCCCGAGCCACGACCAGAAAUCAACCCAAUGCCUUCCAGAUACAAUGAGUCGGGCAACGAUUCUAUUCUAGCUGAGGAUCUGGGCUUUCAAAGUGAGGAUGCCGGAUACUUGGCCGGAGGAUCCAGCUUUGACUUGAACAUGGUUGACCUCCUAGACGGAGCGGAUUUCGACUCCCUAUUCGACCUGAUCGGUCAACAAUAUCCUAGUUUUUAA